AUGUUUGCCCUGCGCCAGAGCCUUCGCUGCCCCGCCAAGGCCCCUGCCAAGGCCAAGGACAAGAAGGGUGGUCCCAAGGUCCUUGAAGAGGCUGUCGAUAUCACCAAGUACGCGCCCGUCAACAUCCUCAAGGAUGGCGCGCACCCCGAGCUUAAGCCCCGGGAAGAGUACCCCGAAUGGCUCUUCACGCUCCUCGAGCCCAAGCCGACGCUUGGCGAGCUCGAGCGCAAGGGCUAUGAGAACUUGGAGUCGAUGGAGGACAAGCGGCGAUUGAUCAAGCUGUCGUACCGCCGUGCGAUCAAGGAGAAGAAUGCGUCCAAGUCCAAGAAGUAA